CGGGAAACAGUGUUCCACUGGAGCGCGAGCGCCCAGGGCGCACUGUCCCUGCCUCCCACCGCGACUGAGAGGGUAAUUUGAGAAAAUAAGGCAGCGCGAGGGAGGGCGGGGUGAUGAGUUUGAGGAAAACAAAGAGGAAGGGAGCGAGCGAAACCUUUUGCGGGUCCGGAACGCAUGGAUGCGGACGGGAAAGUUGGCGGGUCUGGGAGAAAUCCUUUAAUGAUGGAGGGUGAAGGUGGCCCUUAAUUGCGCCUCGUCUUCUAUGACAGAAGGGCAUUUUCGGAAGGUGAGCAUGGUUGCCAGACAACAGAAGCUAACUGAGCGCGCUUCUGUGGGUGAGAAAUAGCUACGGACAGUUAGCGGAGUUCAAAUGUUCUGAAAAGUUUUUUUUUUUAACGCGGAAAGGAAGACUCUACUACAGCGGCAUGGACAGACCACGGACACUGGGCAGUAAAUCAGGACAGACAUUCCUGAUGGACUCGCUGCUGAUCUGCCUCUUCGUAGGCUUGGGCAUGGCAGACUGUGAGGGCUGUGUGGAGUACUGCUGUGAUGGAGCUCCACCUUUCUGCUGCUCCUACUACACCUACGUGGGGGAGGUUCUCUCGGGGACGGCCAUUUCAGGGAUGGUGUUUGGCGUGGUGUUUCUGAUGGGUGCUGUGGCAGCCAUGUUCCUGUGUGUGUGCGUGUGUGUGAGGAACAUGCGGGGCGUAGGCAUGCAGGACCUCAGAACCUCACACCUCAGCACCAUAUCCCAGGGACAUCCAGGACUCCUGCCUCCCUACUGUUACGACCCUGAGAUGGACCCCUAUAAUUCCCGCCCCCCUGCCUACACCCCGACCCCACCCAUAAUUGCCAAUCAUUCCCCACCCCCUCCCUACCCCGGUAACCCCUGCAAGUAGACACACCUUUUCGCUGGGCAGCGCUGGGACAGUAAGGGGAUGGCAUCCUGGCAGAGACUGGCACAGCCUGGCAGAGACUGGCAUGGACUGGCACAGCCUGGCACAGAUGGAUUAGAUUUGACCUCUGACCUUUUGGGAAAGGAGUCCAUAUUGUGUCCUGUGACCUAUGACCUGUGUCGAGUGUGGGAAAGGGUGCAGUGGCGACCGCAGCUCCUCCAACCCAAGGCCAGCUCCCCGCCAGGUGUGCUGUACCUGUGGGACAUGUGUGGACUUAGCGUGUCCUGGCUGGACAUCAGCGAAACCCCUGUAAACUCUGAGUCAGCCAUGGUGCAGCGAACACCAGCUCAGCCAAGCUUCAGUGAUCUUUCCUACAGAUCGCUAGACUCCCGUCUGCUGGAUUUACACUGUACAUCAACACUCAGAGAGAAACCCGCUGAUCGUGAGGCUCUUUUAAACCACAGCUUUGUUUUAGGAAAUUAAACAGUUUUCUGGAUUAUCCUGGAGUCUGGCUAAAUGCAGAAAGGACCCUCCCCUCUUUCCUGGCUGCCCCCUUGGCAGCUGCUGCACAGGUUGAAUUGUGGACCGUGUGAGUGCUGAACUGUGAUGCUGAGAGCGAGCGCUUCACUGUCUUCAGGAGAAUCCAUUUCCUUCUGCUCAGAGCUCAGAGACCUUCAGGAAAUGGCCGUCCCUCAGAGUGGGCAGUGGCCAGUGUGUGUUCUGUGUGCAAUAAAACAUCAUCUG